AUGGCGCUCGACACUUUCUUCCACAACAAGAUCGAGAGUAUGAAGCUCGAGAUCAUCCAAGGGCAGGCAGUGUUGCGACGAUUAGAAGCACAGCGAAACGAAUAUAACAGCCGAGUGCGAUUAUUAAGGGAGGAGUUGGGUCUGCUACAGCAACCCGGAAGCUAUGUCGGUGAGGUGGUCAAAGUCAUGGGAACGAAAAAGGUGUUGGUCAAGGUACAUCCGGAGGGCAAAUAUGUGGUGGAUGUGGCGGACAACAUCGACAUUUCCAAAUUGACCGCUGGCAAGCGAGUCACACUACUAUCGGAUUCUUACAAACUCUCAUCGUUACUGCCAUCUUCGGUCGAUCCGCUGGUGUCGCUCAUGAUGGUCGAAAAGGUUCCCGACAGCACAUACGACAUGAUCGGAGGACUAGACGAGCAGAUCAAACAAAUCAAAGAGGUCAUUGAACUCGGGCUGAAGCACCCCGAACUAUUCGAAUCACUCGGCAUCGCGCAACCAAAAGGUGUCCUCCUCUACGGACCUCCAGGAACCGGCAAAACUCUCCUCGCCCGAGCCGUCGCCCACCACACCGACUGCAAAUUCAUCCGAGUCUCCGGGUCCGAACUCGUGCAGAAAUACAUCGGCGAAGGCUCCCGCAUGGUCCGCGAGCUCUUCGUGAUGGCGCGCGAGCACGCCCCCAGCAUCAUCUUCAUGGACGAAAUCGACUCGAUCGGGUCCUCCCGAGUGGAGGGAAGUUCCGGCGGCGACAGCGAGGUGCAACGCACAAUGUUAGAACUGCUCAACCAACUCGACGGCUUCGAGCCGACGAAGAACAUCAAAAUCAUCAUGGCGACCAACCGUCUCGACAUCCUCGACCCGGCCCUCCUCCGCCCCGGUCGCAUCGACCGCAAAAUCGAAUUCCCCCCGCCCACCACCGAGGCCCGCGCUGACAUCCUCCGCAUCCACUCCCGAUCUAUGAACCUCACCCGCGGCAUCAACCUCACGAAAAUCGCGGAGAAGAUGAACGGGUGCUCCGGGGCCGAGCUCAAGGGUGUCUGUACCGAAGCUGGCAUGUAUGCGCUCCGUGAACGCCGUGUGCACGUCACUCAGGAGGAUUUCGACCUCGCGACGGCGAAGGUCCUGAACCGCCAGAACGACAAGGAGAUGAGUCUGAGCAAGCUGUGGAAGUAG